AGCCGCAUGUGGCUCUUUCAUCCCUCUGCUGCGGCUCCCUGUCGUCGGUCGGCUCCACAACUGAUAGGGCUUUCGGUUAGGACAGGUAGAGGAAAAAGAACGCCGCUCUAGGAGGAGACUCUAUGGUGGGGGGAACCGGACUUCCAGUCGAGCAGAGGAAAAAGGACACCACGCUAGGAGGAGACUCUAUGGAGGCAGGGCAAACUUUCCAAGGGACUACUGAAAAAGAAAUCGCUUAUGUCUCUUCCUUAAGACCGCCUUGGCAACCAUGGGUGAAUACAGUAGAUUUAUAGAUUGGGACAAGAUGGAUGCUACCAUCCAGGCUGAUGAUGAGAAGGAACUGACCUGCACUGAAUUUCCCACUGAAAUGCUGAAACAACUGGCUCGCCAAGGUCACUGGGCCAAGAGCCACUCUUUAAGAGCCAAAAUAUAUGAUAAAUUGAUCGGCUCUAUCCCUUGCCGCACAGUGACACCGGAUGCCCACGUCUACCGAGACAUUGUGGUGAAAAUCGUUGGCAAGCGAAACAGCAACGCGCUUCCCCUUCCGGAAUUCGUAGAUAAUAGCUUGGUUCCCACGUACUGCCUGAACGCUGAGGGCAUAGGAGCUAUCAGGAAGAUCAUCUCCUGCAUCGGAAGCCAGUUCCCAGACAUCUCAUUCUGCCCGGCUCUGCCUUCCGUGGUGGCCCUCCUCCUUCACUACAGCAGGGAUGAAGCCGAGUGCUUUGAGAAAGUUUGCCGUAUCCUGGCCUGCAAUGACCCAUCCAAGCGCUUCAUCGAUCAGACCUUCUUGGCUUUUGAGUCGUCUUGCAUGACAUUCGGGGACCUGGUUAAUAAGUACUGCCAGGCAGCUCAUAAACUUAUGGUGGCCAUCUCAGAAGACGUGCUAGAAGUCUAUUCAGAUUGGCACCGGUGGCUCUUCGGGGAACUGCCCCUCGUUUACAUCGCCCGGGUCUUCGAUGUGUUCUUGGUAGAAGGUUACAAGGUGCUCUACCGGAUUGCGUUGGCUCUCCUCAAAUUCUUUCACAAAUUCAGAGUUGGGCAGACCCAGGAGUCGGAAAACGUUCAGCAGGACAUCCGAGCGUUUGUGAGGGACAUCGCAAAGUGGGUCUCUCCCGAGAAACUGCUGGAGAAAGCGUUCGCGAUCCGUCUCUUCUCGCGGAAAGAGAUUCAGCUUUUGCAAAUGGCCAACGAGAAGGCCCUGCAGCAGAAAGGCAUAACGGUGAAGCAAAAAAGUAGUACAUCCCCCAAAAGGCAGAAUGUCCACCUGGCUGUUCACGCUGAGAACUUCAAGUCUGAAAUUGUCGAUGUGAAGAAGAUGAGAGACAUCUGGUCAUGGAUUCCCGAGCGCUUUGCUCUUUGUCAACCUCUACUGCUGUUUACCACCUCGGAGCAUGGCUUCAGCCUAAACAGGUUUUACCCACAUUGUGAGGGACAUGAACCGACUCUCCUUUUGAUUAAAACAACUAUGCAAGAGGUCUGUGGAGCUUAUUUGUCGACCGACUGGCAUGAACGCAAACGAGGAGGAGGCAAGCUAAGUUACUUUGGGACAGGAGAAUGUUUUGUAUUCAGGCUGGUGCCCGAAGUGGAACGAUACGAGUGGGUUAUAAUCAAACACCCAGAACUCGCCAUGACCGGCUCUGUACAAGAAAACAAUUCUUCGGUCGUUUCUGACUCCCCUUCCUCAACCAAUCUGCCCCUGGAUCCUUCCAGUCGCCUUUCCCCUUUCCUAUCGGCCCGGCAUUUCAACCUGCCUUCCAAAGCAGCGUCCAUGUUUAUGGCCGGUAGCACUGAAUGCAUCAUCAUAGGUGGUGGCGAUGGCCAAGCCCUCUAUCUUGACGCAGACUUGAAUCACGGAAGGACAGGUCAUUGCAACACUUUCAACAAUCAACCAUUGUGCUCCGAAAAUUUCCAAAUAGCUAUCAUGGAAGUUUGGGGGUUCAAGGACACUAUGAACAGCUGAGAAGGUUGCCCUCCUUCAACAUCGACUAGCCCAUGAAGUAUUUCUCAAGUUUCUGUGCCCAUUUCCAUUUCCCAGGAACCAAGCUAUCCUUUGAAGCCCCUCAAUAAUUAAGCUUCUUUGUAUUUUGUCAAAAGCUAAAAAUUGGAAGAUCUCGGCUAAAUCUGGGGCCUAGUUGUUUAGUCACCGUGUUUUUGUACGUGAUUCCGUGUAGUCUAAGUGAUUAGCCUCUUUCUGCUGUGUUGAGUUCGACGCACACCCUGAUAUUUUUGGUGGGAAGGAGGGAUUUUAACAUCCCCCCCUCAGUUGAUCCAUAACUCUAUCAGCAUUGACAUCACAAUUCAAUGUGUAUUGUGUUUUUUUUUCAGAUCUUGAGAGAUGUGGAUGAGCCACUGAUUCAGGGGUGAAAUGCUACUGGUUCGCACCGGUUCAGGCGAAACCGGUUCGGUUCGCACCGGUUCGGGCAAACAGUAGUUAAAAAAAGCUACCAGUUCAGGCGAACCAGUAGUAAAAAAAAAAGCUACCUAUUCAGGCGAGCCAGAAUUUCCGACGAUCAGCUGUGCCACGCGAUUUAUAUUCGCUAGAAAGCAGGAAAUCCUGCUUUCUAGCAAAUCUAAAUCGCGUGGCACAGCUGUUUCCCCCCCCCUCACUGUUCUACUUACCUUCUUAAGCCUCCUUUUUCCGCGCGCAGCAUGCAUUCGGCGUGCACUGCGCGUGCACGCAGAGCGCGCAUUUGGCACACACCGUGCAUGCACAGGCAGCGAACUAGUGGCAAACCACGGAGGAUUUCACCACUGCAUUGAUUCAACCAGAAAGUCUCGUUUCUUAUAAAUAUGAGCUUCCAUCCAAAGUGGACUGUAUAUAAUCAAUGGAUUAUGAUGCUGAUUUCUUUCAGUUUUUUUCCCUCAUUCUCACCCUCUGUGUAUUACACCCUUCUAGGAAUUCCCUGAUCCUCACAGAGCUACAGUAGACGGAGAGAUUUUAUUGCAUAGCACACAAACCACCUUCAGGUCCAACGGAUUAUUAUCAGGCACUUACUUCUUUUAAAUCUAUUUAACCCUUGCUUUUUGUGUGUGUAAAUGUGAGUCUGUUGUUGCUGUCCCGACUGUUAACUUUACUGGUAAUUCCAAUAUGUGGGGAAAAUACCUUUCAGGAGUCUUAAUUUUCAUUCUGCAGUGAUGCACUGAUCUGUAGACGUUAAGGGACCUCCCCAGCCCUCCUCAUAUUUUUCUGUUUACAUUCCUGGUACCGCAUAUCAGUAAUAUACUUAUUUUAGGUGAUAGCUUCAUGCCACUGAAGUCCAAUGCAAUAUACAUUGUGCACAGAAAUAUCCCCACCAGCCUUGAUCCAGAGCAAUGACUUGGUCCUUCUCUAGACUAUCCCUCUGCAUUUGUGCUUAGAGAAACAGUAUUUCCAAAGCAGUAUUAGCCAUCUGAUCUGAAACGGUUGAUUGGUAUAUAAACCAGCCAUUUCUCUAAUUUCUCCAUUAAUUAGGACUGGUUGAGUUCUCCAGGCCUGCAAUUUUUUUCAGUAACAUGAUGGCCUCUCUCUAUAUCUUCGUUUUGGUGCUGUGCAUCUUGAUUUUCAAGAUGGGUAUACUGAAUUUGUGUGAAUGUGCAGGUUUUACUUCCGAUGGUGGGGUUCUUUUUUUUUUCCCCUCCAGAGACAUUUGUGACAUUUUGCCCCCCCCCCCCAUACCUUUCCCCACUUCCUAAUUUAUAUCUCCUCUUCGUCCAGUUAUCCUGGCCUAGGUCUGUAUAAAGUGUGUGACUCUGUGACUGUCCAGAAAUCCAAUUCAUUUUAUUGUAAAAUAAAAUAAAAUAAACUGAAUAUGACUUCAUUUUUCAAA